AUGUCGAAUUUUUUUAGAGAUAGUUCUUUAGGAUUCAAAGCAAGGUCCAAUAAUAUUUUCUCAAAAUUACGUGGCAAAGAGACUGAUUUGAAUGAUCAAGGGGUAAAUCUAUCACUCACGGGGGGAGAGGGCAGUUCAUCCAUUUUAGAUGAUCUACUUCUAAAUGAUAAACAAGAAGAUGGCCAGUCGUAUGGGACUAACACUACAGACCUUACAUCUUUGAUGGAAUCUAACGGUUCAUAUACAGAUAGUAACUAUGAAUUCCAAAAGAACCAUCAAAAAUCUUUUAAACAUUCUAUCAAUAACGUUCGCACUACAUCUAAACGCAUUGUAAAUGAAGAAGCGGGAGAUGGUCAAGAUCAAAUUGAUGAUACAGAACACGAUGACGAUGAGGAUGAAGAUGACGGGGACUUUGAGAUAACAGAAGUUCGUAGUGUAUCUAUUCCUCCAAAGGAGAAUAAAACCACCUCGAAAUCGAAGAAUAAAAACCCUGAUAAUGGUGAUAUUAAAGCUAAAUUAAGUAGCUCAAAAAGCAAAUUAAAUGUCGCUCAAUUAAACAAGAGUAAUACUACUAAUACUACUGAAAAUGCAACCUCCAAUGAUGUAUUAUUGGAAGCUUUUACAAAUACACAAAAAAUAUGUGCAAAUUUAAAACAUGAAGUUCAACUUCAACAAACAGAGAACAACAAGUUGAAAUCACAAUUACGUAACUACGAAAAUGAUUCUAAAAAAAUCUCUGAGAAAGUUAACCAGUUUAAACGAUUGCUCUCGAACUUAGAAGAAUCAUCAAAAUAUCUGAAAAGUAAAAAAACAGUCAAUGAUCAACAGUUAUCAGACUUCAAAAAAUCCCAUGAAUCGAUACAAAGGAGAAUAUAUCAAUAUAAUACAGAUAUCGAGGAACUGAAAAGUUCAAUGAACAAGUUGCAAGUUUCCAAAAAGCAAACAGACAUAGAAAUUAUCAAGAAAAAUAAAGAAAUUGAAUAUCUCAAGAGAGAAGUAGAUGAUUAUUCAGGUCAAUUGAGUGAAGAAAAGAUAAAAAAUAGUUCUUUAUUCCAAGAGUUUAUCGAGCUAAGAGAGGAAUUUAAGCACCUUUUGGAAAUACAAGGAAAGAAUUAUAUGGAUCGGAAUAACCUUUUAGAAGAAAAUUUACAAACUAUGUUACAAACUGAACUUAGUAGCCAAUUGUUAGAACAAUAUGGUAAAUACGAAAAUAUAUUGGUCGGCAAACUUUCUGAUGCAAAUAAANUGGUAACUAUACAUUUAAUAAGACACUUUUACUCCAAAUUUGAAGCCAUGGAAUUUUUUGUUACUAACUUAUACUUUAAAUAUAGUCUUUCAACUAAAUUAAACCAACUAUGGACGGAAACAACUGAUCGGUCUGAGAAAGCUGGUAUUGAAACACAUAAAGAAAUCCUAGAACAAUUCCUCGAGCAGAAAGUGAACAUUUCACAAUUAUUGAACAAUCUUCAAGGUAAAAUAUGCGAUGGUAAUGAAACAACUCAAGAAGCAUUAUCCAAAAUAGUCAAAGAUAUCAAAGAGACCAUUUUUAUUAGUAACUCCGAACCCGUACAAUUGGUUAAUGAUUUGAACAAAUUAAUUCAAGAAUAUCAAUUGCAGUUGACAACUAGUGAAAAGUACAAAUCAGAUAUCGGAGAACUGCAAAAUCAAGUGGCUUCUUUACAACAGCAGAAGACAGAAAAUAUCAGAGAGCUAGGUACAAAAGAAGCUCAGUAUGAUGAACUUGUCAAAUCUUUGGAAGAAAAAACAAUUGAAUUAUCUCGACAUGUCGAUAAGAACCAGAAAUUAAAUGAUACCAUACAAGAACUUCAAGAAAAUGUUAGGUCUUAUAAGGAACAAUUGGAAAAAGUUCAAGAAGUAAGUAAAAUUGAAAAAUCAAAUUGUGAAAAUAAGAUAUUAUCACAAAAUGAGAUAACAAAUGUUUUGAAUUCUAAGAAUGAAAUGUUGAAAAAAAGGGUGGAACAAUUAGAAGCAUCUAAAGCUAGUUAUGAGAAGGAUCACAAUGAUAGGUUGGAUAAAUUCCAAAAGAAUAAUGAACAAGUACAAAGGUUAAAUGUUGAAUUAGUUCAAUUGAAAGCACAGGAGCUGGAAUUAGAAGAGGAUAACAGGAAAUUAAAGAGAGCGCUAGAAGAAAAAUCAUUUGGGGACGAGGAAAAUGUGAAUGAAUUAAGAGUUCUGAAAGAGAAAAUAAUUUCACUUAAUUGUGAGAAACAAAACCUUGUAGCAGAGAAGUUGGAAAUUCGUGAUAAAAAAGAAGAGAUCGAGUCGCUAGUGAAAAGUAAAAAUCAGCGAAUUAUUAUGUUGGAAACCAAAUUAAAACAGCAGUUAGAAAUAAACGAAAAAUUAAAGAUACCAACAAGAACCAAUGAUUCACCUCCAGUAUCUAUAACUAAAGGAAAUAUGAGAACGUUCAAUGAAGAUAAUAAGGAUGAGAACAAUCUUAGGAACAACAAGCAUAAAGAGGAUAUAUUAUCGCAAUCUAUAUCUGUAAAUCAUAGUGAUGAGUUUGAUCUUUCCUCGUCAUCGAAUGACGAUUUAGAAUUGACGAAUCCCUCCCCUAUUCAAAUCAAGACUGUUAAAACACAGACUAAGAGAAGUAAUACGUCAAUGAAACCACCAGGGCAUGGACGCAAAAAAUUGUUAUUGCUAGAAGAUGAAGAAUUUUCAAAGGCUGACACAAGAAGAAAAAAGAGGAGACAUUAA